GGGCGGCGGCGCCGCAGUGACUCUCGGGGCCCGGCAGCGGCGGCGGCUUCCGAGGUUCCGGAGAAGCGGACUAGGUGGCCGGCGGGUCCCUGCGGCCUCCAGUGACCUUUGUGCAGAGCCCCCCCACUCCUCGGGCGGCUGCAGUGGGCACACCCGGGGGCGGCGGCCACCGCGGACAGGUUAGCGUGGGGGAAGGGGCGAGUGUCGGAGUAGCCCAUCUCCAGCACCGGAGUACGAGCCGGCCCAUCUCCCACCAUGUCCGACGAGACGUCGGCCACCACUUCCUAUGAGAAGUUUCUAACCCCAGAGGAACCCUUCCCGCUCCUAGGAGCCCCUCGUGGGGUGGGCACCUGCCCCAGCGAGGAACCCGGCUGCCUGGACAUCAGCGACUUCGGCUGCCAGCUGUCCUCCUGCCAUCGCACGGAUCCGCUCCACCGGUUUCAUACCAACAGGUGGAACCUAACUUCUUGUGGAACAAGUGUCGCAAGUUCGGAAUGUAGCGAGGAGCUGUUUUCGUCCGUUUCCGUGGGAGAUCAAGAUGAUUGCUAUUCGCUGUUGGAUGAUCAAGACUUCACUUCUUUUGACCUAUUCCCCGAGGGAAGUGUCUGCAGCGAUGUCUCCUCUUCUAUCAGCACUUACUGGGAUUGGUCAGACAGCGAAUUUGAGUGGCAGUUACCAGGCAGUGACAUUGCCAGUGGAAGUGAUGUACUUUCUGAUGUCAUACCCAGUAUCCCCAGUUCACCUUGCCUGCUUCCUAAAAAGAAGAACAAGCACCGGAAUCUCGAUGAACUUGCUUGGAGUGCGAUGACAAAUGAUGAGCAGGUGGAAUAUAUUGAGUAUCUGAGCCGUAAAGUCAGUACUGAGAUGGGCCUUCGGGAACAACUUGAUAUUAUUAAAAUCAUUGAUCCUUCUGCUCAGAUCUCCCCUACUGACAGUGAGUUCAUUAUUGAACUUAACUGUCUCACAGAUGAAAAACUGAAGCAGGUCAGAAACUAUAUCAAGGAGCAUAGCCCUCGUCAGCGGCCUACAAGGGAGGCCUGGAAGAGAAGCAAUUUUAGCUGUGCAAGCACCAGUGGCGUGAGCGGUGCCAGCGCCAGCGCCAGCAGCAGCAGUGCCAGCAUGGUCAGUUCUGCAAGCAGCAGUGGGUCCAGUGUUGGAAACUCUGCUUCAAACUCCAGUGCCAACAUGAGUCGAGCACACAGUGACAGCAACCUGUCUGCAAGUGCAGCAGAGCGGAUUCGGGAUUCAAAAAAGCGAUCCAAGCAGCGAAAGCUACAGCAGAAGGCUUUCCGCAAGAGGCAGCUGAAGGAGCAGAGGCAGGCCCGGAAGGAGAGGCUCAGUGGGCUCUUCCUUAAUGAAGAGGUGCUGUCCUUGAAAGUGACUGAGGAAGACCACGAAGCAGAUGUUGAUGUUUUAAUGUAAUAGGGUAAAUCUAUCAGCAGUCUUCUUAGCAUUAUUCUGUUCUCAUUGGCUUACAUGCAUCUUGACCAGAAGUUUGGUUAGGGUUGUGCUGAUGUACCAUUAAUCAUUUAGGCCAGUGGUUAGCAGAGGGCAGUCCCAGUACCUGCAGCUUCAACAUCACCCGAAAAGAUGUUAGAAUCGCAUUUGAGCCCCAUUCCAGACCCAUAGGCCGUGUGGAUUUGGGGCAGCAAUGUGUUUUAACCAAUGCCAGAUUAUUCUCAUGCACAUUCUGAUUUAAGAACCACUGGUAAAUGUCUUAACUAUUUUAACUUUGUGGUGAUUAAGUGGGCUUUUCAAAGACUAGUACAUUUGCAGUUUGGGGGAUGUCAGUGUAUAGAUGACAGGUAGUUUGUCACUAUGUGUAGUAUCUGUAAUUCGGUUCCCUUCUUAUUGAUAAGAUUUCCUAGUUUAAUUUUUCAAGAGGGCCAUAAUAUAAUUAUCAGUUCCUAGGGGCAAAUCUUUGAGGUGAGGGUGCGCAUAAGUCAUGCAUUGCUGUUUACAAUAGUGCCUUCAUUAGGUUUAGUUCCAUUUUCAUUAAUUAUUAAUACAAAGGUAUAAACAAAGGCCCUAAUCUUUUUCAGUUAGAUGUGGGGUUUUUUGUCUUUCUAUAUUUUAUGUCAAGUGAGAAUCACUUCUGCAAGUAAUAACUACUGAGAAAAUAAUGGCUACACUAGCAAAAUUUUAGACUUAAUGCCUUGUUGAUUAAUUAUCAAAUGGAGAUUCCAACUAAACAGUGGUAGCAUAUCAAACUUUCCCAUUGCAUCCUUACAUUUUAGACUGUCAGAUAAUCUCCAAAUUAGAUCAUUUAUCUAUUGCUCUCUAUCAGAAAAAACACCCAGAUUUUUAUGCAGAACAUCUCCAAUUUUAUAUAUUUCAUUUGCCAACUUGCAGGCAUGUGAACAGGCUAAUGUUUCUUAACUGCGAAACCUCUUAGAGUUCUACCAAGCUUCAGAAAGCGCUGUGAGUGGAGUAUAGAAAGCACCUUUGUGGGUUCCUGAUAGGGCUCUAAGUCUAAAUGUGAAAUCAUGGAGUUUCUUUAAUGUUUUCAAAGAAUUCAUGAUCAUGAACUUAGAAAUAGUCUGAUUCCUUUACCACAUGUGUUCGGGCAUUCACCUGGGCUAGAGAAGAUGGAAACAGAGACUGACAGGUGACUUGCUUUCUGACUUUCAUUUUUAUGACAGCAUUUGGAAGGCAAGCUGAUUGUGUAAUCGAUGUUCGGAGUUAUAGAAUUUAGAGGUUGAUAGGCUCUCGACAGUAUUUAAGUUUAGUCCUUCAUUUUCAGUUGGUAUAAGGGCUUAAAUUUGAAUAAAUUAAAGGUGAAGAUUUAAUCCUGGUGUGUUAGAACACACUUUUAAUCCAAGCACUCAGGAAACUGAGCUGGGAUAACAAGUUGAAGGCCAGCCUGGGCUGCAUAGUGCUACUGAAAUUUUGUAUACCUUGAAAAGUUUUAUUUUGCUUCCUUGAAGGCUAAGAAUUGAAACUGAGAGUAAAGACUAGGGCCUUGCAGCAUUGCUGAGGUCUGUGGUCCGGCCUCCUGAAGUUAAAGGAUGACUGUGUGCUUUCAGCUCGGGGAAUAGUUGUGAUUUUCCUCCCACCUCCUUCGGUACUCCAGUCUAGUUUAGAGAGACUGAAGAGAUCUCAGGGUCAGACCCUAGAACAAUUGAUGAAACAUAUGCUCUGUUUUCCCUUCCAAGCACAGAAAUAGAACAGAGAAGAGAAGCAAAUGCAUCUAAACCGACUGCCUUCCCUUAGUAGCAAAAUCGCACCGAGGAGUUCUGCGUGCUCUUCCUGUCCUCUAAGGAAGAUGGGUAACACUGAGAAUGCAGAGCAGCAUUUAUCCAUCACACAGUUGCCAACUGUUUAUUUGAGGAAAAUGCAAAACCGGUUCAGGAUAUAAUUUUAAGACCAAGUUCUCUAUCUUCCCAAGAAUCAUGUAGUCUUCUUAACUUAGAUUUUACUUAAGUCCCUAUUGAAUAAGUUUACCAAAGUGCCAUUGGCAGAUUUUUAAUGUCUAUAAAAGUUUGCAUAUUUAUAGAAAUAUGUCAUAAAAUUUUGUGUGUCUAUUCACUCUAUACAUUAGAACCAGAAUAUAAACUCUAUUUGGAGGAGAUUGAAAAUGCUACUUUCAUUUAAAAGCAAAAAGUGGAACUCUUGGACUUGUUUAUGAUUUAAGAGAUAGAGAUUAAAGUCUUUCUCUUUCCUUCCAAAAUAGAAGCUAUAUUACAAAAAGACUUAUCUGUCAGGACGUUUCAUGUGGCUAGCUGAGAGAGAAUUGUUGGAAUGGGUGGUAGUUUAUUAAAUCUGCUAUCUCUGUAGGGUAUAUUUAAAACAAAUUCAAGUCAGUAUCUUUUCUUUCAUUUUCAAUGGAAAGCCUACAUCAUCAGUUAACUAAAAAGCAAAUCAGGGAAAUGCAAAUCCAAACUGUUGAGAGUCUAUCUCAUUCCAGUCAGAACAGCUAUCAUCCAGGAAACCAAAAGCAAAUACUGGUGAGAGUAGAGGCCGGGGUGGGGGGAGGUAGGAAGGAAUCUGUAUAUGCUGCUGGUGAAAAUACAAAACUGCUGUACCAGUGGAAAUCAAUAUGGAAGUUCUGUUUUUAAAAAAAAAUUACAAGUGGAACUAUAUUAUCCAGCUAUACCAUUCCUGAGUGUGCUGAAAGUAAAUGAACUUAGCAUAUGGCAGGAAUACUUCUAUUUCCAUGUUUCUCGCAGUAUUGUUCCCAAUAGCCAAUAAAUAGAUGCUUAUUGGCAGAUGAAUAAAGAAAAUGUGACACAUACACAGAACAUAGCUGUAUUUAGCCGUAAAGAAGACUGGGAUUAUGUCAUUUGCAAGAAAAUGGAUGGAACUAGACGGAGAUCGUCACAUUAAACAAAGUAAGGCAGACUCAGAAAGACAAACAUUGUGGGGGUUUUUUACAUGUGAAAUCUAGAUUUAAUAAAAUGCAAAUUAAGAAAUUAGAAGGGGACACUAUUUGGGAAGGGGAAAGGAUCUAGUAAAAAAGGAACGGGGGCAAAAGAUGGUAGGUAAAUAUGAUCAAAGUAGAUUAUAAAUAUGUGUGGAUAAAUUGGUGAAUGAAUGAGAAGUCUCGAAUUUGCUCCAAUGUUAGUUAUCUUCUUUACAAAGCUGACGGUGGAGUGAAUAAGUCUCCUCUUUACAGAUUUAUCCAGACUUUAUUAGAGAUCUUGGAAGACUAUGUCAGUCCUUAUUACUGCUUUUAAAAGUGUGAGCAGUGAGUUAAGCCAAAUGGCAUGUAUUUUUAUACAGUUUCACAAAUGAUUAAAGGAAGGCGGUGUUCUAGAAUGUAGUACGUUGUAACGUGCUGGUUUAUUCUGUCUUACCAAGAACAUAGAGUAAAAUGAAACUUUUUCUUCAUUCUUUGAUAGAUAGUGGCAGCUUUAUUGAGUUCCUCUGUUUUGUGGGUAAGUUAGAUAUUGCUGAAUUAAAUCCCAAAAGCUGACAUCAAAUAAUGACCUAUAAUGUGCAUAGACAUCUCAUUUUUUAGCUUUUAAAAGUGGUAAAUUCCCUCAAAAAGAAAAAUUUUAAGAAAUUAUUGUAUAAAGGUAUCCAGAUUCUGAUGAGCUUUAAAAAUUGUAAAAUUUAUUGUAUAUCUUCAUAUUUAAGCCAAAAAUGUUACUACAUAAACUCUAUAGUAGUCUUGUUUGUUUUGGGUUCUCGUAGCAGACUUUUUUUUUCAUGGCUUCUCUGUAGCCUCAUGUGCCUUAAAGGUGGUGAACUUUGACAUUUUCAUCAAUAUCAGGCUUUUCCAAACUCAAAUAUCAGAAUGUUAUAAUUUGGUUCAUGUAAUGCUCAUUGUGUUUGGAUAUUAGUAAGCAAAACUUACCAAUAGUAGUAGUCAUAGAGUAUCAAAUGAAAUGAAAACCUUCAGAUCUUAGACACAAUUGCGUAAAACUAGUUUUGAUCCACAAGAUUAUUGAAGAGCCUUGCAUUUACGUAAAAUUUUAAUUAAUGUAUUGUUUUUUUCCACUGGAGAAAAAUGUCUGAGGCCAGGAUACUUUUUCUUUCCUUUUUCUUUCUGAGACAGGUCUCCCUAUAUACAUCAGGCUAGCCUUGAACUUGCUAUGUUGUCCAGGCUGCUUUGGAACUUGUGAUGCUUUCCCCCUUAGCUUCUCUGGGUUUUGGGAUGCAGACAUGUCUGGGGAGUGUACCUUUUUAAAUUAGCUAACAUAUAUCAUGAAAGAAUUUUUAGGGUCUAGACAAAAACUCUUCUAGAACCAAUAUUAUAGAGCAAGGUGUUUCUUCUUUUAAUGUUAGGGAUUCAUUGAGUUCCUCUGUGUAUUCAUCAGGUUACCCUGUCCUCUCUCCUUUUUAACAAUUACCUCUUAGCGCUCUGUCUUUAAGAAUUCUUCUUGGGAAUUGAUGGAGGGUGAAGUCAGUUUGACUUAGCUGAUAGUAUAGUUCUUUGUGUUCCAUAGUAGUGUGGAUGUUGAAUUCGUUGACAUUCAACAUAUUUAAGUUAGAGGUAAAUUGCGUCUUGAAAGGGACUUUUAGGAAAUGAAUAUUUGAGUAAAAAUCUAGUAUGGUAACUUUGCAGUAGUUUUAAACUUAAUACAGUGGAAUAAAUUUUAUCUUAAAACUGAACAUUAUUAAAUGUGUAAGACCUCGGGGAUUUUGAGCUAGGCAUUUCUGUCAGAGUAGUAUUUGGAACACAAUCCUUGGAAUAUUUAAAUUUAGUCUCUGAAGAAUAAUUUCCGUCCUCUGUGAGGCUUAGCGGGAAGUCUGACAUUUCUUAUAUUGGAUAUUAAGAGUAAGGCAGUUGUAUGGCAUAGCUCAAGGUCCAAAUUGGCUCACUAUGAUUUAAUUUCCAUUUCUUAAAUACUAAAUUUGUUUGCAGCUCCCUACCGAAUUAUUUUUUUGAAUUGAGGUUAUUGAUGUUUUAACCUAGACCAGACAAUGACAAAUUGCAUUUUAGUUUGACAUUCAUGCCAAACUCAGAAAAAAACAGUGUGGUCUUCGCUGAUUUCAGUAUAUAGUAGUUUUUCUUUAUUGUCAGGUUUCUUCUGUUACAUCUUUGUGGUGAAUGGAACCUGUGGAGAUAUGUGUUCUUUUUUUGUGGUGAUGUAUGGGGUGGAAAAGGGAAGAAUUGCUUAAUUAAUACAUAUCUGUUUUGACUAUGUCAAGGUAAUUGUAAAAUCAAUGUGUACAGGUGAUAAGUACACACUUAAGAUGCUGAAUUGUUCAGAAGAACAGCCGUGGCUUGUUCUGUAAAGUUGCUUGUUCUUAAACUGAAGCUGACCUUUUAGGUUUACAUUGAGAUUUCAAGGCUUUUAGAGAAUGGAGCUGGUAGUGUCUCUUCCUAUAGUGGGUGAAAUUAAUUUCCUGUUUGAGUACUCUAGUUUAGAUAAAAAGUAUUAUUCAUAAAUCUUUGUGUUAGCAAUUUAAUAGGACUGUUGCCAAAAAUAACAAUAGAACAAUAAACACAAGUAUAUGUAAGACAUUUCACAGAUGGUUAAGAGUUGCAAAUUGUGGGGCUCCCCCACUUUUCAAAAAUUAGUUAUGUAGCAUCAAUAUCAUAACCAAAGUAGUAGAAAGGUGACUGGUUCAGAGAAUCUGCAAGUAGUUUUAAAUACUGUAAAGUAUCAGAUUGUUAACCAGGACUUUUUCCUGUAUUCCUGCAAAAUAUAUUCUAUUAAUGCACUUUUGUAUAUAUGACAGUCUCCUGUACAUUCUGUACCUACUACAGUGUAUAUAAAACCUGGUUGUUUUUCUCAAAGCUAUGUGAGGAGGGGAUGACAAUAGAGUGCAGUUGGUUUCUAUGUUGAGUUCCUUCUCACACAUGAAAAUAUUUUAGCUGUUAUGUCUAAACGAAUAUAUAUGAUUAUAACUGAAGCUGGCUAUGUGGCAGAAUUGUCUUUUGAACCCAAUUAUCAGAAUGAAAGGAGUCAUUUUGUUCUUUAAGAAUUAUGGUAAUCAUUCCAUCUUAAUUCUCUUUUCAAAACCCCACUGCUAUUACUACUGUAUACUCCGAAUCAGCUCCUCUCAAAGUUCCAUUCCUGAGCAUUUACUACUAACAGACAACUGUCCUUAUGGUUAGUGGCAGUUUGAUUGGACUUUACAAACUUGUUUUGUGAGAGUCUCAGUCUCCCAAAAGUCAUGAGUAAAACAUUUUUUUCUGAAGAGAUCAGAUUUCUAGAGAGAUUAUAAUUCACACCUUAAGUGAAAAUUAGGUCGAUUUUGUUGUUGUUGUUGUUGACAAAAACGAUGUAUUUUCUGUAUGUAUUGCUGUAGAACCUUUUAAAGUUAAGUUUCCAGAAAAGAAAUGUCUAUGAUCAGUUGUAUGUGUAGAUUCAGGUGCCAUUCUGAUUUGAUUUUUGUUUUGUUUUGUUUUGUUUUGUGUGUGUGUGUGUAUGUGUGUAGGUUUUUAGUUUUUGUUUUUUUGAUCAACAAUAUUAUUUCUUGCCACUAGAGGGACGUCUAUGGUUCUUUUCUGCUUUGGAAAUUUUUUUUUUUUUUUUUAAGUUUCACAGAUUGGCAUAGACUUAUCCUCCGAAUGUUUUGUUAGUAAUUAUGUUCAUUUAUUAGUCAAAGGUAGACUAAUUAAGCUUGUUUAAUGAAAAAGGCAGUCUUACUCAUGCUGUCUGUAAUCUUCCAUUUUUAAUAAA